AUGGCCGACUUGCGAGGCUCCAACGACGACGACGACGUCGAUGCCGUCCCGCACUCUCACCAGCACCAGCACCAGCAAGACAGACUCAUUGGCUCGCCCACCCACGACCCCCAAUCUUCACAACCAGACGCCGACGGAGCCGGUGGCACCCGCCUCGAGAACAGUUCCAAUGGCAAACAGAGCGCCGAGGCUCGUGACGUCGGGGCCUCGCAGCAAGGACCUGCAGCGCCGACAGCAGCAGCUUCCGGGACCGAGGCGCAGGCAAAGCCAGCCGUCGACCCAGCAGUGGCAAAGCAUGUCAACGAUGUCAUGACUUCAGAGUUGGGAAUCCCGACCCUGUUGAAUCGCCUCAAGCAAAGCGUCGCCUCGGCCAAGGAAUUUGCCCUGUUCCUCAAGAAGCGCUCAGUGCUCGAAGACGACCACGCCCAGAGCCUUCGGAAACUCUGUCGUCUGACUCAGGACAAUUCGCGCCGCCCCGAACACCGCCAGGGCACCUUCUCCAAGUCUUACGAUGAGAUGGUCUUCAUCCACGAUCGCAUGGCCGAGAACGGAUCACAGUUUGCCGCUUCACUCCACCAGAUGCACGAAGACUUGGUGGAACUCGUGGCUAAUGGCGAACGAGCCCGCAAAAUGUGGAAGGCAAACGGUUUGGCUGCCGAGCACAAAGUAGCAGACCUGGAGCAGGUCAUGCGCAAGGCCAAGGCCAAGUACGAUUCUCUGGCUGAGGAAUAUGAUCGUGCAAGGACAGGCGAGGCCAGACAAGGCGGGAAGGUCCUCGGCGCUUUCAAGGCGCACAAGUCUGCGGCGCAACAUGAAGGGGAUUUGCUGAGAAAGGUCCAGGCCGCGGAUCAAACAUAUGCGAGCCAUGUUCAGUCAUUGCAGACAGAAAAGUCCCAUCUCGAGAAAUCCGCUCGUCCCGAGGCUGUCAAGGCCCUGCGCGAGCUCAUCUCCGAGACCGACUCGGCCGUGACACUGCAGAUGCAGAAGUUUGCCGCUUUCAACGAGAAGCUCCUCCUCGGCAAUGGUUUGAUUGUCAGUCCGUUCAAGACGCAGGGCCCCGAAGGAGCUGGCCAGCCGCGAAGUUUGCGCCAGGCAGUUGCCUCCAUUGACAACGAAAAAGACUUCAACGACUUUGUUGCCGGUCAGCAUACCAGGAUCCAGCCGUACACGGAGGUAAAAUAUGAGCGUAACCCGCUUUUGAUGCCCAAUCCAUCGUCCAUCAGUCAACCUUUUCCACAGAGCAUGCCUACUGCCCAGCCAGGCGGCAGCGCUGGGCCCCCUCCCGAGGGGCCCAGCUCCCUUGGUGUUGCUUCAAGGAGCAGUGUCGGCCAGUUUGGUGCCAUGGGAGGUGUUGUUUCGUCGCAGGGCCCUCCUGCACAACAAGGCGGCAUUACUGAUUCCGCCCGGCCGUACGCCCAAAGCCACGGCCGCAGCUUCAGCCAGGGCAACAUGCUGAGCCAGCAGGUCUCUUCCUUGCAGCAGCAGUUUUCGAGCAGGAACUCUGCUCAAUCUGCCCCGAGAUACGGCAGCGCCGCAGGCUCGCAAGGGCCGCCGCAACUUGGUGCCUUGUCUUUUCAGGGCUCACAGCCGUCACCAAAGUCCUCGACACCGCCGCAAGGGGCUCCAUCCCAGCCUCCAACGGAUCCUCGCAGCAGCAGCUCCGCGUACGGUGGUGCGCCGCCCCCAGCCUACGCCCCGGCAUCCGAGAGCAGCAGCCCGACCGCAUCGAAAAAGUUGGUAUUUGGCACGUCACUGAGCCGCUUGUAUGAAAGGGACGGUCUGGCCGUGCCAAUGGUGGUGUACCAGUGCAUUCAGGCAGUGGAUCUCUUCGGUCUGGGUCUGGAGGGCAUCUACAGACAGUCAGGCUCACACCAGCUGACAUCCGGGCCAGAAUCCUCUAACCCCGCCCUGGACUUCACAAACCCGGAAAACUUCUACCACGACGUGAACAGUGUAACCGGCCUCCUGAAGCAGUUUUUCCGCGACCUCCCUGAUCCUCUCUUGACAGGAGAGCAUCACGACGCCUUCGUCAAGGCAGCCAAGCACGAAGACGACAUUUUGCGCCGCGACUCCCUUCACGCCAUCAUCAACGCUCUGCCCGACCCCAACUACGCUACCCUUCGCGCCAUGACCCUCCACCUCUACCGCGUCAUGGAUAACGCCCACGUCAACAGGAUGAACUCUCACAACCUGGCUGUCAUUUUCGGUCCUACCCUUAUGGGCUCCGACCCCAGCACCGCGAUUGCCGACGCAGGGUGGCAGAUUAAAGUCAUUGACACUAUUUUACAGAAUACAUAUCAGAUCUUUGAGGAAGAUUAA